UUAACGGCGAUUGAGAAGUUCUGGAAGUCCACAAAUUUGAGUUAGCUGACGUUUAACUUCCCCCCUUCUGACUCUGUCCCUCCAACGGAUGGGAUGAGAGGACGUUCACCGUAGGGGAAAUCAUUUUAUAUCGAAACUGCUUAUUUUUGAAUUUAUCACUGAAAUGUGCUACAAAAGUUAUCAAGAAGUUUGGCGUUUUUAACUACUUUCCAGCUUGAAGGUUGGUCAUCUCCUGUCUAAUCCAGAACAUCUUUCAUCAUGGGUGACUGGAGCGCGCUGGGGAAGCUUCUUGACAAGGUCCAGGCAUACUCCACGGCAGGAGGCAAAGUCUGGCUCUCCAUUCUCUUCAUCUUCAGGAUCCUGGUCUUGGGGACAGCAGUGGAGUCCGCCUGGGGAGAUGAGCAGUCGGCGUUCAAGUGCAACACGCUGCAGCCCGGCUGCGAGAACGUGUGCUACGACAAGUCGUUCCCCAUCUCCCAUGUGCGCUUCUGGGUGCUGCAGAUCAUAUUUGUGUCCAUGCCGACCCUCCUGUACCUCAGCCACGUCGUGUUCCUCAUGCACAAGGAGGAGAAACUGAAUAAAAAGGAGGAGAUAUUACGAGACAUCCAGAGCAAAGGAGGAGAUGUGGAUGUGCUGUUGAGGAAAAUUAAAAUGAAGAAGUUCAAGUAUGGCCUGGAAGAUCACGGGAAGAUCAAAAUGAGAGGAGGGAUAUUUUACACAUAUAUAGUGAGCAUCGUCUUGAAGUCCAUAUUUGAAAUUGUUUUCCUGUUGAUUCAGUGGCACCUUUAUGGAUUCAAGCUGUCGGCUGUUUAUACGUGUCAAAAGUUCCCUUGUCCACAUAAAGUGGACUGCUUUUUGUCUCGUCCCACCGAGAAGACGGUUUUUAUCAUCUUUAUGUUGGUCGUGUCGCUUGUCUCUCUGGCCCUCAACGUCUUUGAGUUUUUUUACGUGAUUUUCAAGAGGAUGAAGGAUCGAUUCAAAGAGUCAGAGAAAAACUUUGAUAGGGCCUGUAAUAUCAAGCCUUGCCCAAGGAACUUGUCCAGUUACGGGUAUUACAGCGACUGCUUGGCCCCCGUUCCUAAUCUGGGCUACAACCUAAAUACAGGUGACAAGUCCAACUCCUCUGACAGUUACAACAAGCAGGCUAAUGAGCAGAACUGGACUAAUUACAGUACAGAACAGAACCAGCUGGGUCACACCCAGCGCUUUCCAUAUUCUGAGAAAGUGGCUCUGGGGAAGGAUCUUCUGCUGCUCAAAGAGCUUGAACCUCGAACGAGUAGUCGAGCGAGCAGUCGGGCCCGGCCGGAUGAUCUUGACAUCUAGCAGAAGCCUCAAACACAGACCCCAUGGACAAUUUCUACUUUUCACAAAUGGUGAAUAUAAAAAAUAAACUGUGAAAAGGACACUGGUCACUGACAUCCAAAGAAUAUUGUUUCAGCAUUUAUAUUUAUUUUAUUAGUUUUUUCUAUUGUAAC